AAUGGCGGCGCCCAUGAAACAUUUUUGAAAAUUAUAAAAUUCCCCUUUAGACCGAUCAUGCCUGUAAAAUACGUCGGGAGACUCAAUCGUUACAAGUGUAAAAGGUUGUUUGAUAUAUUGUGCAACCUCAAAGACUUAGGAGUUGGAAGAGUCGUUUACAGAGAUACGAGAAAACGAUUUUUCCCCAAUGAACCUUCGUAUGUGAGGAUAACUGAGGCUGUUCCAGAUUAUUCGAAACCGGAUGUUCUUCGUGGAACAGUUUGGGGGGAAGUUGUGUUCCGUGGUCAGAAUGAAGGAAUCAAGAAACUGACUCUCUCUACCCACAAACCCGACUGGGUCCUGUUGCCAAAGGAGGAAGAAGAGGCAUUCUGCUCCCAUGAUGCACCAGCUUAUAAACCUAAUGUAGUACCAUCUAAGAUAACAUACCCACCAUUGCUGAAGGCAAUGGUUGUUGAUGAAUUAGAGAGAAAAGGAGAACAUUUAACAGAAGAACCCAUGUUGGAUUUACAAGUUGUACAGCACUGGAGUAAAAAUAAAAAACAUGGAGCUUCUAUAUAUGACACAGAAACACAUAUUUUAGAAGAUAUUGAUAACCAAAGGAGUGCUCAUAGCUAGUGACUUCAAGGUACCUUCUUAUUUCUAGCUACAUACUGAAUUUCAUGAACACAUAUGGAUAGUGCUUACACUGUAUUGCCAUUUCAAAGCAGAAUAUGUAUGGUAUAGGCUGACAUUGGACUGGACAGACUCUUAGUGAUUAGAAAAGCCUAGGUGCUAGGUUGGUACAGUAUUGUCCAUACUCUGGCAUUGAUUUCAUUCAUAAUUUAUUUCCAAUUGUACAAUGUUUUGAUUUACAUUACUCAAAAAGUAUUGAAAAUACAUUCAGUUUUACUUCAAAA